AUGUAUGAUUCAUAUGUUCGAAUGAUAAGUGAACGUGAUUGUGUAUCAAUUUGUCUUCAAUAUUCAUCACCAUUAUGUUAUGCUAUAUCUUAUGAAAAUUUUCGUCAAGAAUGUCGAAUUAUAACAGAAUCUGUAUCAUCAUCAUCUAUUCCAAAUCAAUUAUAUAUUAAUUGGCGAUCAUAUAUUCGAAUAGAUGACUCGUAA